AUGGCAGUCGACUAUCUUCUCUUCGAAGAGGCAACUGGUUAUGCCAUCUUCAAGGUGCUUAUUCAGCACGACGACAUUGCCGUGAGACUACAAGAAGUCCAAGAAGCUGCCAAUGACUUGAGUAAAUUUUCCAAAAUGAUCGAGCUUGUCUCAUUCGCUCCAUUUAAGGGAGCCGCUCAAGCUUUGGAAAAUGCCAACGAUAUCUCGGAAGGUUUGGUUUCUGACUACUUGAAGUCGGUGUUGGAGCUUAACUUGCCCAAGGGCUCUUCUAAGAACAAGGUUACUUUGGGUGUAAGUGACAAGAAUUUGGGUCCAUCCAUCAAGGAGAUCUUCCCAUGGGUUGACUGUUUGUCCAACGAAAUUGUCCAGGACUUUUUGAGAGCUAUUAGAGUUCAUGGCUCCAAGCUUUUCAAGGACUUGCAAGAAGGAGAUAUAGAAAGAGCUCAAUUGGGAUUGGGACAUGCCUUCUCUAGAGCCAAGGUUAAAUUUUCAGUUCAAAAGAAUGACAACCAUAUCAUUCAAGCUAUUGCUUUAUUGGACCAGUUGGAUAAAGAUAUCAACACAUUCUCUAUGAGAGUCAAGGAAUGGUACGGAUGGCAUUUUCCUGAGUUGGCUAAGAUUGUUCCUGACAACUACUCUUAUGCCAAGUUGAGUUUGUUCAUUAAGGAUAAGGCAUCUUUGUCUGAUGAAAGCUUGCAUGAUGUCGCUGCUAUAGUAAACGAUGAUUCUGGCAUUGCUCAGAGAAUUAUUGACAAUGCCAGAAUCUCCAUGGGUCAAGAUAUCUCCGAACAAGAUAUGGACAAUGUUUCAACUUUCGCUGCUCGUGUCGUUUCUUUGUCAGAGUACAGAGGCAGAUUAUACCUGUACUUGUCUGAAAAGAUGAACACUGUUGCUCCCAACUUGUCGACAUUGAUAGGAGAAGUUGUAGGUGCCAGAUUGAUUUCUCAUGCCGGUUCGUUAACCAACUUGUCUAAACAAGCUGCAUCUACUGUGCAAAUUUUGGGUGCUGAGAAGGCGUUGUUCAGAGCAUUAAAGACCAAGGGUAACACUCCCAAGUAUGGACUUAUCUACCACUCUUCAUUCAUUGGAAAGGCGUCUGCGAAGAACAAAGGAAGAAUAUCGAGAUACUUGGCCAAUAAGUGUUCUAUUGCAUCAAGAAUUGAUAACUAUUCUGAUGAACCUUCGGUUGCUUUUGGACAAAUUUUAAAGAAGCAAGUUGAACAGAGAUUGAACUUUUACGACACUGGUGCUGCACCAAUGAAGAAUUCUGAUGCCAUCAAGGAAGCUUUGGAGUUGUCUGGUUCCGACAUAGUAGAUGUUGUCAUGGAGAGUGAUGAUGAGACCGAGUCUAAGAAAGAUAAGAAGGAGAAGAAGGAGAAGAAGGAGAAGAAGGACAAGUCUGACAAGAAGGACAAGAAGGAAAAGAAGGAGAAGAAGGAAAAGAAGGAAAAGAAAGAAAAGAAAGAGAAGAAGCGUAAAGCUGAAGACGAAGAAUCACCAAAGAAGAAGAAGAAGAAGUCGAAGGAUUAA